AUGGCACACGGAACGUUCGCGAAGCUCAAGGAUGGGAUGCUACGGUAUCCGAGCGAGCCCAUGAGAGGGGCCAGUGACUGGCGAAACGUGCCGGUACGCCACCUGUGGGGCAAUCGAUGGGAACUGCCGUGGGCUGCAAAACUGCUUGACGAGGAACUAGCACAGGCGAAGAAUGCCACUGGGAAGCGGGUGCGGGACAUCGUUCUCGUGCGCUUCAAGGGCGCGAACCACUUCGAUAUUCCAGAGAAGAUGUUGGAAGCGUUCUUGAGCGAUGCUGCCGAAUUCGACUGA